AUGGCUCAGAUUAAAAAUGAAAAGGACAAACUGGCAAUAUUUGGUGGGACCUACGAGGNACCAGCAUGGAGAGCAGGACUAUUACGUAUCCAAGGCCCUCUUCAGGGCCAUCUCAUUGAUCUCCGGACGGAAUUCUCAUCGUCGUGCCAGUUUCUUUGUGUACAUCUUGUAAAUAGUGUAUAUAGACAGUCUGGCUCCUCAUUGGGAAUUCCAUCUAACCUCCGGAGUUGUUGGCUCGUGAACCACGAGUUAGAACGAAGUCACGGUCCUCUUCAGGACCACUUCAAUUCCGAUUGUUUCUUCCCUUUCCCCAUCCCUUCACCACUCUGCACUACUCUACACUACUCUGCACUGUGUGUCAGUGUCGUUACUUUAGUCCUCUGA